AAAAAAACAAAACAGCAUUUCUCCGGCGAAUCCAACGUUCCCGGCUUCAAUCUCCACUCAAUCACCGGCGAUGCACCCAACGACAACGAUUCCUCGUCUCAAUUUCUUCAUCAAACAAGUCAUCGCUUAAAAAAAAAACUAAACCCUUCCGUACAGUAAAAAAACCCAAUCCGUCUCCGAAACGACGACGUAUGGUCGAUUACCGUCAGGUCUCGUCUCCGAUCACACCUUCAACCUUUAUCCCCGAUGUAUCUCCCCGCUUGAACAAGUCUCAUCCCAUCACAGUGACACCGAUCUCUGCUUCUUACCCGACAGGAGAAGACUCUCUUCUGAUGAUGUCCGCGUGUCCUCUCGCUAGGGUUAGGUUAUCAGACAUCCUUCCUUACGAAGGAGCUCCUUCUCAGUCCUAUGCCAAAGCCGUGGAGGCUUUGUCUGUUUCUCUGAUGAGAUAUAACGCGUCAGUGAUUGAGCUAGGGAGUGAAGACACUGCGCUUAUGCGAUGUGGUCUUGAAGCUGCUCGGUUGUAUUUUAGAACACGAAGCGUUAACGUUUCUGGUAAAGGCAAUCGUGGUCUCUCUAUGUAUAGAGCUGGAAGAUCUGUGGAAGAUUUAGAUUCGUCGCCGCCAUGUAUGGCUGAGGUUUUCAGGUGUUUGGGGAAAACAGCAAGAGCUGCUUUGUCUGCAAUAGCAAGGCAUCUACGUUUAAGAAGCGAUGUGUUUAACCAUAUGCUUGAUGACUUUCCGCUAGCACCAAAUGAAGUUUCCUCGUCUGUGCUAUUGGCUUCUUAUGCUCAUGCGUCGAUCCAAAAUGGGAAACUUGGUUCUGGAGGUGGGAGUCUAUCCAGUAACAUUGAAAUUGAGAAGGGUUUGUUGACACUCUUCUGCUCAGAUGGCACUGGCAUUCAGGUAUGUGACCCAAAUGGUCGGUGGUACGCAGCAGAUAAUGGAUGUGGGAUUGGUGAUAUCUUACUCAUUACUGGCAAAGCGCUUAGUCAUGCUACUGCAGGUCUGCGUCCAGCUGCCUCUUAUAGAGCUACUACUGAUCAUUUCUCUGGCAGUGACACUCGCGGAAGGGCAUCUCUAGCAUUUAGGCUUAUGCCGAAAAGUAAUGCUAUAUUAGAUUGUUCCCCAGUAGAAGCAGCUGGCCAUGUAAUUCCACAAAGCUAUGUGCCAGUAUCUGUCAGUCAGUUUAUGGAUAAUCUCUUGGCCGAGAAUGAGACUCCAGUUAGUCCGCCUGUGAAAAUCAAUGUUUCACGAGAUGAUGUUUGCAAAGAGCCCUCCUUAAGAAGUGUUCUCUCGGAUCCAAUUUCCGGUGCGUUUCUUGAAGAUGCAAUUGUGGUCUCUUGUGGACAUUCAUUUGGUGGCCUCAUGCUUAGAAGAGUCCUUGAAAUGUCUAGAUGUACGCUUUGCAAUGCAGAAAUCGAGACCGGGUCUCUUGUUCCUAACCAUGCUCUUAGAGCUGCCGCUUCAGCUAUAAAGCAACAGGAUGAUAAGAGACUUUUCCACAACGCAGCCAUGCGUAGGCGUAGAAAAGAAAUGAGUGAUCAAAUGGAUGUGGAAAAUGGAGAUCCAGCUACCGAUGAUGGAUUGCAGCAGCGAGUGGUGCAUUAUCCAUUUGCUGUAAACGAGAAAGUACUUAUCAAGGGAAACCGGAGAACACCGGAAAAGUUUGUUGGAAAAGAAGCAAUCGUUACAUCUCAAUGUCUCAAUGGCUGGUAUCUAUUGAAGAUUGUAGAGAGCGGAGACAGUGUUCGGCUGCAAUACAGAUCCCUGAAAAAGAUGACAAACGAUGACAGAGGAGGAGGAGGCCUACUUGUUCAACCGGUUGAGAGCAAUAGCUUGUAGAAUGUAAUCUUUGUGCAUUUCUAUUUCUUUUCUUCUUAAUAUUCUCUAUUUCUAGAAAGAAAAGAAAAAAAAGGUAAUGUAGUUUGGGGGUUUGAGACUCUGCAUAAGUUUAAAAUCAUUUGGUUAGAGAAGUAGUAAAAGACUGUUGAAAAUUACAUAUUAGCCUCCAAAGUAUUAGGAGGUUUUGUACAGAACAAGUGUUAGAUUAUAAAGAAGAAGACUAAUAUGUUUAUCUUUUUUCCUUGGGUACUUGAUUACUUGAUAUGGUCCCUUGUAGUUGUGCUGUUGAGAGUUUCUCGUAUACAAUGAUACUUGGCUUGGUUAGGCCAUAGAAACAAAAAGCAGAACACACAUUGAAAAUGUUCUAGAGGACUACACCGAAGAUAAAAGUUGUACGGAGUGAAACAUAUUAUAGACUACUUUGAGAUUUCUUAAUGAAAAGUUUUUGGAUUGUAUAAUUUGUAUACGUG